AUGACUCACCGGGGUCCCGCGCUCCAGGGACCCAGCCCACCCGAGCGGCGCCCGGAGCCCGGAGCCCGGAGCGCCCGCUUCCUGUUUACCUCCAGCCUCUUCCUCCCGGGCGCGGCGCGUCGCAGGCGGCGGCGGCCCCCCGCGCAGGCGCCGACCCCAGCNCCCAGCGCGCCCCUCUUUCCCAGCAGACAUUUUUGUGGAAAACCGAUAGGGCCCACGAUCGCUAAACCAACCCCGUGGAUUGUCUCCUUUCCUUUGGUUUCAAGAUUAGCAAGACAUCUACAAAAAGAAGCCCAGGCUCAACACAAUAAUUCUGAAUUCACAGAAGAACAAAAGAAAACCAUAGGCAAAAUUGCAACAUGCUUGGAAUUACGAAGUGCAGCUUUACAGUCCACACAGUCGCAAGAAGAAUUUAAACUGGAGGACCUGAAGAAGCUAGAACCAAUCUUAAAGAAUAUUCUUACCUAUAAUAAAGAAUUCCCGUUUGACGUUCAGCCUGUCCCCUUAAGAAGAAUUUUAGCACCUGGCGAAGAAGAGAAUUUGGAAUUUGAAGAAGAUGAAGAAGAGGGCGGUGCUGGAGCAGGUUCUCCUGAUUCCUUUCCUGCUAGAGUGCCUGGUACUUUAUUACCAAGGUUGCCGUCAGAGCCAGGAAUGACGUCACUCACCAUCAGAAUUGAGAAAAUCGGCCUGAAGGAUGCUGGGCAGUGCAUUGAUCCCUACAUCACAGUUAGUGUGAAGGAUCUGAAUGGCAUAGAUUUAACUCCUGUGCAAGACACUCCUGUGGCUUCAAGAAAAGAAGAUACGUAUGUUCAUUUUAAUGUGGACAUUGAGCUCCAGAAGCACGUUGAAAAAUUAACCAAAGGUGCAGCUAUCUUCUUUGAAUUUAAACACUACAAGCCCAAAAAAAGAUUCACCAGUACCAAGUGUUUCGCUUUCAUGGAGAUGGAUGAAGUCAGGCCCGGGCCCAUUGUGAUAGAGCUAUACAAGAAACCCACUGACUUUAAAAGAAAGAAAUUGCAAUUAUUGACCAAGAAACCACUUUAUCUCCAUCUACAUCAAACUUUGCACAAGGAAUGACCCUGACAUGAGUAACCUGGAACUUCUGUGAAUGUUACCACUCACUAGAAACCAUCGUAGCUCUAUGUAGAAUACUCACCCUUCAACAGGCAAGAAGCCAGCCGUACCUGUGCCAGUGGGCUGGAGGGAGUCCAUUGGAAACUCUGGCACAGAAUUCUGUGUCCAGCACGUCAGUGACAUGUGGGACUCCUUUGGAUACAGGUUUAUUGUAGGUUUUGAAACAUGUUUUUACUUUUCUAUCGAUUGUGCAAUGAAUAGCCUCUUUUCUAAAAUUUACCACUACUGCCCUGCUUCCUGAAACAACACUGUCGUGGGUAAGACGUGCUCAUCUUCAAACUCCUUACAGCAAUAAGAAUGUACUAGAGUUUACACAUCUGUUCACUUCUGCUCCACUAUGCUCUUCUGGUUUUUUGAGUUAAUGUCAGACUUUGGGCCAAUGUGGGUAGGAUCAUAUGAAACUGUUUUGGAGAGUUUGGACCAGUUGUGCUGUCCAAGAAGGAAAUUUCUAGGCUGCUCCUCCGAGAUGGCCUAAGUUCACCCCGAUCUCCUCCUUUUCCUGCCUAGAGUGUGCCUUGGCCAGAUCAGUGUCCAUAUGGGAGUGUUCCCAGGUUGUAGCUGUGAUUUUUCCAGAUGACCAGAUUGUUCUGAACAGGAGUAUGUUGUUAGUCAUGUUAUUCUUCCAGUAGUGAUUCUAGGGUUAGUGUGGAACCAUCCAGAAUAAUUACAAUAUUUAGAUGGGUUAGUAAUGUCUUUUAAGUCAUAUAACCUAAAAAUAACUUGAGUCAGAUGCCAACGCAAUACGGCAGGAAUACUGCUGUUUUUCUGACAACUGAUUGUGAAACCUGAAAACCUGCAUCCCUCUUCUUACAGUGAUGAGUAUGCAAAAUUUGGAGAUACUUUUAUUUUUUUUUACAAAGGUAGAUAAGAUUGCCAUUUAUUUCCGUUUAGAUAUAUCGACAUUCAUCCGUAUGGAAAUAUGCAGGUCAUUUGCUUGUUAUAAUUUGACUAUUUACAUUACUUUUGACUUAACGAGGCGUAAAUAAAACUUGCAUGGUACAGGUGAGGGGGCUGUUGAUACACAGAACGUUAGAUCCGGGGUGGGCUCUCUGCAGGUUAGACGUGCAGCCCACAUAUUUGAUAUCACUACUUUCAGUGACCAGUGCUAGCAUGAGGGGAAUGUGGGGCCAGCACUUGGCCUACUUUUAAACUAGUGUAAUAACUCGUCAUACUGUUCAAUGUUUGCUUCUUAAAAUAAGUAACCACAAUUACGUUGUCCUGCCCUUGCACUUCACGAGACCUAGUCUUCCCUUUCAGCCUGUUAGGUCAUUCUGUUUACUGAGAUGGGUGUCAGAAACUUUAUGAGCCUAAAUUCUCAACCACAUCUAGUCUUGUUUCUUGUCUUGAUUAGAUUAAUCCCAACACAGUUCAGUCCACAGUAGCUGGAGGGGACGAGAAAUUGCCUUAAAUAACUGUUGUUCACUCAACUCUUAGACUGUGAUUUGUCAGCCCCCCAGACUGUAAGCUCCUCAAGGGGCGAGAACUAUGUUUUCUCAUGUCAUGUAAACUCUGAGGUGCUUGGCAGCACUCUACCCUGCGGAACACUCACUACCUUUUGUUUGAUGUCGCUGACAAGACCUAAAAAAAUUAUCCCUCAAAAACCCACUAUUAAAAUGUAGCAAAACUGA